AUGAGGAUCGCCGACGUACAUCUAUGUUGUUAUACCGAGCUGAUGAAGAGCAUGGCGAAAUUCACGGAGAAAAGAUACUCCCAGUUAAUCUAUUCGACUGCGGUUCUCGAGGUGCUUAACGGCAAGAAGCUUGCAACUGAUACGUGCGAGGAGCUUCGGGCACUACAAGCGAAGUGGUCCCCCAUCCUGGAAGCGAACGUGAACAAAGAAGACGCCCAAGCCCUAUUCCAAGCUGAUCAACUCGAGUCGGUGUAUCGCUUUUCUUUCCUCGUUGGUCUGUCGUACGGCUUUCAUCAAGCAGCUGGGCAGGCUGCGGGCAAUGAUCAACUGUCUCUAUUCCGUUUUGUGUCAGCAGCGGUAGAUGUUAUCGAAUCGAUGAUUGAACAAAGAGAUCGACAAGCUCGCCGUAAACGGAUAUACGUUCCUCACGGUCUGAACACCGAAAGCCUUUGA